GGACAGUGGAGGUAUUGUCUUUACUUUACAUGCUAUUUUGAUUUUUUUUUUUGAGCUCAUAUCCUUAAUCAUUCUUCUUGUAUCCAUGCACUUGGACAUCAAAGCAAGAUCACCUAUGGAUUCGACGUAAUCUUCUCAACAUCAGUGGACAUAAAAGUAAUAUUAUGGAAGUUAUGGGGCCUCAUCCGUUAACGAAUUCAAGCAAAUCAACCAGGUUUCAACAUUCGAUCAAUUGUGUUUCAGUUGCUUUUUAAUCGAAACAAGGGAUGGAUGUAAAACUUUUGAUUUGAAUGCAAGUCGAGACCAAGGUGAAAAAUUCCAAAAACACAUGUGAAGGAAAUGAAGGAUAAGGCAGAGAAGACUUGUGGUGAAAGGAAGACAAAGGCUGGACUCUGGAGAUGCUUCCCAGGCUGGGAAAAAGGAACGAGUUUUGGGGGAUUUUGUUUGGACCCAAAAUGCAAGGAAUGGAGGAAAAAAAUCAGUAUACAUGAUUGUUGGCCUAUUUGCGAUCGACAAUGUACACGGGUUGACGGUCACAAAGCACUUAAGGGAGAUUGCAGCUUGCAAAGAAGACAUCAUGAGAUGAUUGAAGAAGCUCCAGUUAUGACUUACAGUACCUCAUAUGUUGUACAUUGUGAUUUUUCUGACAAGAAUAUGCUGAUAAGAGAACUGUAACAGAAAUCUAUGCAAUUACUGGCAAAUGUCAUCAAGGAUUUGUGUUUCUCUACCUGGGGAGGCUGCUAUUUUUAUGUGUUAUUAUUUUGUUUGAUGAAGUACCAUCAUAUUAUGCAAAAAAAAUGGUCUUUUAUUGUAGUAAUAUCUUUUUGUAACAACCAUUAU